AUGGACGCAAAGGAAGAAGCAGAAAAUAGGGAAGACAGGAAGGGAAUAGGAAUGAUGGAGGAAUGGCCAACUCGGUGUGAUUCGGUGGAGAUAGAGGUGGCCGUUAAAGCAGUUAUGUUUUUCCUCUGUCCUAGUAAACAAGCUUACAAUGUUUUGAGUCAAGAAGAUAAUACUACUAUUAAAGAUCAAAAGAACAAUGAUUCCAAAGAUAUUCACCUCACACCUCGGAAUGACAAAAUCCCUUAUCCCAAUAGUCUCUCCUUGCCUAUACCACAUAAUUAUUUCAAGAACUAUGAUGAUAUUAAUACUUGCACUUCUCAUGAUGCACCUACUGAUAACAUUGAUAUACCUUUUGUUACCUUUGAUAAUACUAAUGUUGACAUACUUCCUAAUGAAAAUGAUAGUGUUGUUCUUAGACGAUCUAUAUGUCCCAGGAAAAACCCUACCUAA